ACGUGUAGUGAUAAUAUGUCACAGUGUCCGUCCGGCAGUCCGCCCGACCGCCCGGAACCAAGGGGCUGUGCUGCUGCCGUUGACAAGGACCUCGGUUGGAUUUACGGCUUUUCGAACGGAAGGGAAGAGUUCAGAUAUUUGCAGAUGUCUCGUGUUGCUCUCAUGGUCGCUGCAAUGUUGAUGGUCGGGUCAGCUAUGGCGAGAGAAAGCAACGAGGUGGACGCCCCGAAGGACACGGAGGACGGCGAGGCGCGAUCGGGCUCCGGGUGCUGGUCGUGCAACGGCGGGAGCAACAAGGACCCCGUCGACACUAUCACGAUCUCGAAGCCGCUGCCGGUCGGCCUCGACCACCUCGGCGGCGGCGGCGAUGGCGGGCUGGGCGGGCUCGGUGGACUGGGUGGAUUGGGUGGAUUGGGCGGAUUGGGCGGCAUAGGUGGAUUGGGCGGACUGGGCGGGCUGGGCGGGAUCUUGGGCGGAUUGGCGCCCGGAUUCUUCCUCGCGCCCAUCCUCGGCCUCAACAUUGCGGGCGUCAUCUUGCUGGCUCUCAUCCUCAAGCACAUUAAGAAGUUCGAACCUUAUGGUGACUAUGAGGAUUCCGUCACCUACUACGCAGCCACGCCCACCUACGUCCCGGCCGCCCCUGCACCCUCCACCUACCAGUCCUACGACACCUCUGGAGGAUACGCUUCAGGAGGAUACAACACCGGCUCGUCCUACAAGCGCGCGGACACUGCAAGGUCCGCCGAUGGUCCCUCGCCGAUCCAUUACUUAACCAAGAUGUUCACCGACGCUCUGGACAAGUACACACAGGUGGACACAGAGGAAGAUUAGUAGGAAGAGCAGGAAGAAAGUCUACUCCUCAGGAAGCUGAAGGAACGACAGGAGAAGAUCCUUAACGUGACCGUGGGUCGGAUCAGCGCAUGUCUUCGCGAGUCUUCUGACAUGCACUUAACGAGUUCUGUGGCGAAGACCAAAGCGACGUAGAAAGUAGUAGACGAGGGACAGUUUCAGAGAUGAACUUGACACGGAUUGACGCGACGAGUGACGAGGACAAUUUCGAGACCUGAAGUGAUGAUCAAAAUACUGAACGCAAGACGAUUUUUCUCUCUCUGUUUUUGAUCAUAUGGCGACAUAGUAAAGACACGUGACUUGACGUGAGCUGAAUGAAUACACAAGACGACCGAAGACAUUUCAUAAUUCCUGUUAUGAGUCACAACAGACUGAUGACUACUACGUGACUAGACCCGACAGUUGACCGAAAGAAACCGAACAGACAAUUCACUCAAGACGAAUUAGACAGAUUAUUCACUCAAGACGAAUGACGUGCAAACAACAGACAGAAUUUGGUCCAUAAACUUGAGACCAAGACGUUACCAGACCGAAAAUGACCUCGUGAAAUGUUUUUUUUCAAACGGACCUUCGCAAUGUAAAACGACAUAUGACUACGAGAGAAGUGCUCCAGCAACUCCCCUUAAGUUAAGAAGAAAAAGUCUUUCGAACCGGAUUUUUUAUUUUAUAUAUAUAUUAUUUUUUUUCAUAGCAAGAAAAUCUCGUCACUUUAUCUUAAGGAUACUCACCAGCUCAUGCUUAAUCAUUAGCUAAAAAAUAUCUGUUGUUCCACAUUGUCAUCAGUUAUCUUCGUCUUAAUCGUCGUUUGCAGUUGCUUUAAUACAUAUCUUCCCCACGUACCCCAUACCAGACCAAAACUUAUGCCGUGAGUAUUGUAUUGUACAUAAGAAGUUGGCAUUUUGUCUUCCAUACCGUUUCCCGCAAGUCCUUUACUGGUUUAAGGUAUGACAGUCAUGUGAUGUAUUCCACUCUGGACCUUAUAUAUUUUGUAUAGGAAAUCACA